AUGAACAAGCCCAGAGGCACUUGUGAACAAGAAUACUCAGGGCGCAUUUCUUCAAAUGCGCAGUUCAAGAUCACCACCACAACAGUUGAACUGCAGCCCGACAGCACUGCACUAUUCACUAUGAAUGACCAACCUGCUGAGCGUCAUCGAGACGAGAGCAAGCCAUGUGCACUUGCAUGCAUGUCGAAAGCCAGCCUCGAAUGCCACAUGUUUGCACACUCUCACAAUGAGUCUGAAAAGUCUCCCACCGCUCCUCCAACGGAUGUUCAGAUGGGAGAGAAGAGUUCUGGGUGCAACAUCUAUUCCUCUGCAUUCUCGUGGUCUGCAGGUGACGAGAACCACAUGGUGAAGCAUACUGACAAGAGGCCAUACAAGACCGAUGUCUGCCCUGCCGAGUUCAGCCUGAGCGGGAACCUACAGCAGCACACGCAAACAGAUUCAUGCAAGAAACCAUACAAGUGCGAUGUCUGCCCUGCGGAGUUCAGCCGGAGUUCUCACCUGCAGCAUCACAAGCUGACACACACGGGCGAGAAGUCAUACAAGUGCGACCUCUGUCCUGCAGAGUUCAGCCAGAGGGGGAACCUACAGCGUCACAAGUGGACACACACGGGUGAGAAGCCAUACAAGUGCGAUGUCUGCCCUGCGGAGUUCAGACAGGGUGGGCACCUACAGCAGCACAGGCGGACACACACCUGCGAGAAGCCAUACAAGUGCAACCUCUGUCCUGCAGAGUUGAAACAGAGCGCAAACCUGUCACAUCACAGGCGAACACACAUCGGCAAGAAGCCAUACAAAUGCGAUCUCUGUCCUGCAGCAUUUAGCCAGAGGAGGUACUUACAGCGUCACAAGCGGACGCAUACGGGCGAGAAGGCGUACAAGUGCGAUCUCUGUCCUGCGGCGUUCAGCCAGAGGAGGUACUUACACUGUCACAAGCGGACGCACACGGGCGAGAAGGCGUACAAGUGCAGUCUCUGUCCUGCGGGGUUCAGACAGAGCGCAGCCCUGUCACGUCACAAGCGAGCACACGCAAGUGAGAAGCCAUACAAGUGCAAUGUCUGCCCUGCAGAGUUCAGUCAGGGCGGAUACCUACGGCAGCACAAGCGAACACACACAGGUGAGAAGCCAUACAAGUGCGAUGUCUGCUCUGCGGAGUUUAGCCGAGAGUUCAGCCAGAGCGGGACCCUGCAGCAGCACAAGCGGACACACACGGGCGAGAAGCCAUACAAGUGCGAUCUCUGUCCUGCAGUGUUCAGACAGCGUGUAACCUUGUCACGUCACAAGCGAACACACACGGAACAGCACAAGCAGGCACCCUGGGGUGAGAAGCCACAAAAGAACGUUCUCUGUUCUGCAGACCUGAGGCACAACACAAAGCUGCAGUGUAGCAAGAAGACUUACAUGAAAGCGAAGCCAUACAAGUGCAACCUCUGUGCUGCACAAUUCAUAUGGAGCAGGAACAAAGAGCAAGAGAAAGCACCGGUAUCCUCCAUAUUAAGGACAAGCCCAGAGGCACUCGUGACCAAGUAUCUCCAGGUUGCACUUUCUCAAAUGCGCGGUUCGAGAUCAGCAGAGCAACAGUUGAAGCUCGAUUAA